AUGUCGCCAGAGCCGCAAGGUGCUCCUGGUUUGGGAGACUUAGAAAAAGAACUGACAUGCUCUAUUUGCACAGAAUUGCUAUUUCAGCCGCUCACCCUCCUUGAUUGCCUUCAUACCUUCUGCGGAUCAUGUUUGAAAGAAUGGUUCUACACUCAAGCAAGUCGUCGACCGUCCACCACUACUCCUCGAUAUACCUGCCCAUCAUGCCGUGCGAGAGUUCGCGAGACUCGUCCAAAUGCCACCGUGACGACACUCUUAGAGAUGGUGCUGACCGCCAAUCCUGAGCGUGCCAAGCCAGCUGCUGAACGAGCAGAGAUUGAAAAGCGAUAUAAACAUGGGGAGUCGGUUUUCCCGCCUGUAACGUCCUCAGACAUCAGCUCGGCGGGUUCUGACGAAGAAGACCAGAGGAUCUUGGAGGAGGUUCGUCAGCUGAGUCUACAGGACAAUCGGAGUCGAACGCAGGCGACGGGCCAUCGGUCGCGGCAGUCAUCACGAACUCGUCGGACGGAUUCUGCUGAUUUUAAUGGGCAGAGAGAAGAUGGUCGCUCUCGGCGACGGCGGGAUGAAGAGCGGGCGGCACGACGAGAACGCACAGCACGAACUACGGGGCGGGCAGAGGACGCUAGGGAACGGACGAGGAGAAUCGAACACCAAUCGAGUCUACGAUCUCUGUUAAGCUUAUCCGAUACUGAAACUAUGGAGGAGGAGAUUUUACGGCAGAUUUUUGAGGAAGGAUUGUUGGACGAUAUCGACUUGGAUAAUCUGGAACCUGGGCAGGAAGAAGAGCUCAGCGAGCGUAUUGCUGAUGCUUACCGCCGGAGGCAUAUGCUGCGCACCCGCUCACAGCGGCGUCAAGAUACCUCAGAACCACCGCAGGCACAGAGACAAACUAAUUUCCGCGCAGGGCCUACGCAGAGUUCGCAAGAAACCUCUAGCAGCCCUGCUACGCCGAGGUCACCACUGCUCGAGCCACCCGCAUCGCGCCCAGGACCAUCAAACCAUCAAAGACAUCUUUCAGAGCAAGGGAGCAACCGGCGAAGGAGGACUUCACCGGUGCCAUACAACCCGGCUUCAUCAUCCGACGUUACGCUGGGCCCUGCUCAGAGAUCAUCUAGUGACAUAAUCCCAGAUCGUCCUCGCAACUCGCAUUCACGCCCCCCGCCAUCCGGAUCUGUUGCGACACGGUCUCGACGCGCUAGUUCGUCUGGUCAAAGCGUCCCUCACAUUCUGAUCGGGGAUCGGAAUAGGCCCUCUAGUAAUAAUCGUACUAGACCAUCUAUCAACUCUCCAAGACCUACGACCUCAACACGGAAUCCCUCAGAGAAUCCAAGCUCUUUGCGGCCGCGGAAUGGAACAUCUGAGAUCUCAACGAACAGCUCUGUAGUCGCUGAAGUUAACGGUCCACGCUCUCGGCCAUCAUCAUCUCGUUCGAAUACGUUAACUCAGCCUGCCAACUCAUACCUAGAACCAAGUAUUUCUUGCGAUCGCUGCGGAAAGGCUAACAUCCAGUACGAACUACAUAAGUCCUGCUCACGGUGUAAAGAUGGCAACUACCAUCUUUGUCUCGGGUGCUAUCGGCAUGGUCGAGGAUGUUUGGAGUGGAAGGGUUUUGAGACAUCUCCACUCGCUGAGUUUUCGAAAUUGAAGGUGUUAUCGGCAAUUCCGCCAACACAACUACAAGAGUCUCAACACGUCCUACACUCAUAUAAGUACUUGCGGCCUCCCGAGACAGCUCUUCGAUUCGUGCGAGAUGGAAAGGAAAUGAUCAGUGAUAAUCCCACUCGCAGACUACAACAAGGCCUAUUUUGCGACAUCUGCGAGUCUUCCGCGAACGAGCUCCUAUGGUCCUGCAACCAAUGCAAUCAAGGAGACUGGGGUUUCUGCAACAAGUGUGUCAAUAAAGGAAAAUGCUGCACACACCCGCUGCUUCCAAUUUGCCGUAUGAAUAACGCCCCUGAAGGUCAAUCCACCGCGAGCAGCAGCGUAAGUGAGUUUAGUGUUUUGACUAUAACUACUCGAUGUAACGCCUGCACCUGCCAAAUCCCCACCUCGACGCUCCGAUUUCACUGCUUCCGAUGCGCCGAUGGGGACUACGAUCUUUGUGCCAACUGUUACCUGAAAUAUGUCGCGGCGUCGAAAAUCCGCAAAGAGGACGGGCUCAACGGAUGGCGCCGCUGUCUCAAGGGCCACCGCAUGAUUGUCGUCGGAUUCGAAGACUGCCCCGAGGGCCAGCGUCGAGUUAUCGCCCGCAAUCUCGUCGGCGGUCACGCUCUGAAGGACAAAUAUAUCCCUUCAACGCCCUCCUCGGUUCAAGCCGUCUCCAGUCCCUCCGGAUCGUUCACAACAGAGAGCCCGACCACUAUAGGCGACUGGAGUUGGAAAGAAGGAUCCGAGCGCCGAAAGAAAGCGUCCCGUGUGCGGUCUGCAUGGAACAACGAUCGUGACCGCACCCCCGUCUCUGAACUAGGUGCCUCUUCCUCACUCAACUCCAACCAGUCACAAAGCCCCAGCACAGGCACCCUAUCCUCGCGCCUCUUCCCACCGGACGGUGGUGUUGGCCUCAUUGUCCAUGCAAUGUGGUCCUGGUACCCGGAGGAAGGCGUUGACGACGAACUCAUGUUCCCCCGUGGUGCGGAGAUCACCGAAGUGGAGAAUAUCAAUGAUGAUUGGUACUGGGGCUGCUAUGCGGGAAUGACGGGGUUAUUCCCUGGGUCUCACGUCUCGGUAAUUGGGGAGAUUGUCUGA